GUUUUUUGAACGCUUCCUUACAUAACUAGGCAAUCGUGAGCGGCAUUUAAAAUUAAACUGAAUUUGUGUUUGAAAGGGAUGUUCGGAAUUGAAUAAUUUAAAUUAUAUUAAGGGAGAUGAUUUUGUUUGUGUUUGCCGAGUUUAUUUUUCUCUGCAAUGGUUAUAGUUAGCAUUUUACGAUAAUGGAUCCCUCUUAAGAAUUUUUUCCGUGCCAGACACUUUAAAAGGUGUAUACUUUUAGAGAAAACCAAUUUAUUGAUGAAAUUAUUAGUGAUACUGAUUAAGUUUUUUGUUUAAACCUCUUAAUUUGAUGUGCAGUAAUUUAUUUGCAUUUGGGGUAUUUCUACCUUGGAUGAAUAAACAUUUUAUGGGCUUUGAUUUUAAACUGUUUUUUUUUUAAAUUAUACUUUUAAGUUAAUAGCUGUAGUGUUGUAAUUGAACUUUUUGUGUUUGUGUAUUAAUUUUCUGAACAAAUGUUCGUGGACGAUAUGUUUACUUCAUUUUUUAUGUCAUAUAGUAAAUAGUCUGAAAUACAUAAAUUAUUUAAUGUGUGAACUUGUAUAAGUCGCUCGUAAUCUGUCUCUGAAUCAAUGGCAGCGAAAUUAAAUAGUUUAGCCUCCAAGUAUCGGCAGUUGGCCGAUAGAUAUAUGAAUAAAAAUUUGCCAGGAAAGGCGUUCAUUCACUAUUUAUUAUCACUUCAGUUAAUGCCUGAAUGGAAAAAUGAAUUAAGAAGUUCAUUUUCUUCUGCACUUUGUUCACUAGGCAAAAUCUUAGAACAUGAAGAAAGGUAUAGCGAUUUAUUCACUUCAUAUGAACAGGCUUUGGCGGUUUUUCCUAAUGAUGAGGUGAUUCUGAAUAAUUUGGGAGCUCAUUUAUGCAGGCUUCAUCAGUUAAAAGAAGCUUUAGUUUAUUUCAAGAAGGCUUUACAAGUAAAUCAAUACUACUUACCAGCGUAUCGCAAUCAAGAAAUUACCAAAAGCCAUUUGGUCGAACGUUGGCAUUUCCGUAUGCUGAAUGAUUCAGUCAGAAAUGAAUCUUACUACAGAGCAAUCAGUAACAAAAUUCGAAAUGGUUUCAAGACUGUUCUUGACAUUGGUACUGGUACAGGACUUUUAAGUAUUUAUGCGAGUAAAGCUGGGGCUACAAGCAUCUAUAGUUGCGAUUACUCUCCAACAAUGAUUUCAAUUGCAGACAAAGUUCUCAAAGCCAAUCAUUUGAAAGAUUCUAUCGUCCUCAUCAAUAAACUUUCUGAUGAACUCAGCAUACCUGAAGAUAUUCCAAACAGAUUAUCUGUGGCUGUCACUGAAACUUUUGAUGGUGGUCUUCUUGGGGAACAUAUUUUGCAGACAUUAAUUCAUGCUUGGGAUAAUUUAUUGGAGUCGAAAAAUAAUGAUGAUGGACAAAUUUUUGAUAGAGUGAUACCUCAAGGAGCUGUGGUCUUCGUAACUCCAAUAGAAAGUCUUGAAGUAGCCAGAAAAAAUUAUAUUGUGCAUUCAAAUCGUAUUGAAAGACGCAGUUUUACAGAAGGUCUUGAUUUAUCAUUACUCCAGUCGUACACUUAUUCUACUGAACCAUACGAUACUGAAAAUUUAAAGAAUAUUUGUUUUAAACCCCUCGCGCCGAUGCAGAAACUCUUCGAAUUUGAUUUCAAUAAUGCAACGCAGUUGAAGAGGUUUUUUAAUGGAGAUGAAAACAAAAUUUUCAAGAUUGAUUUAAAGGAAGAUGGAUAUUUCGAUGCUUUAGCCAUUUGGUUUGAGUUGAUGUUAGAUUCUGAAAUAAUGAUUACAUCUUCUCCGUUAUCACAGAAUCGCUGCUGCUGGGAGCAAGCAAUCUUUCCAAUUAAGAAACAGUGUUUCGUCAGUAAAGAACGUUCUAUUUCCGUAUCUGCGUCAUGCAAAGAUGGUAUACUUUCUGUUAAUACUGACACAAAUAGUAUUGAAAAUUCUAAAGCAAGUUUACCUCAGCCUUUAAUACGUUUCAUGAAUUGUGAAACAUUAUUACUUGUGUAUGUACAGCUAUUUAAUCACAUUAGAAAUGGGUUUAAUGAAAUUUCAUUACUAGAUCUAUGUUGGUUUCCCUAUGUUUCUUUAUUAGCAAGUAAAUAUUUCAAUGGAACAGUACAUUUUUCUAGUCAACAUUUGGAGGAUUUAGAUGUUAUAAUAGAAUCAUUAGAUUCUAAAAUUAAUAAAAACAAAAUAAAACAUCUAGAAUGGUCUGAAAUGUUAACCUUGCUUGAGCAGCCAAAUGUCAAAUAUGAUGUAAUUCUGUUAGACAUUUUGACGACAGCUGGGGAAAUAGAUGAGGAAGUCAUAUCAUUGGUGCCUGUAUUAAGGAAUCUACUCACCUCAAAUGGAUUAUUGUUACCAUCGAAAUUGACAAUAAAUUGUAUGUUAGUUUUUUCUGAAGAAUUAGCUGAUUUAUCCAUCAUGAAUCCAGACAAAGAUGAUUUGAACAUUGCCGAACACAUAAAUGAAUAUAAGGUUUCUCAUAUGGUUGAUUUCAAAUUCGAAGAAUUGGAAUUUCAUGAAAUGUCUAUUUGCUUUGAUAUAGCAAAUUUAGAUAUGAAUAAUAUUGUAAAUGAACCAAGUCUCUUUGAAAAAGAAUUGGAAAUUUGCAAACCAGGCUGUAUUAAUGCUGUUUUAUAUUGGUUUUCUGUGAACUAUACACCUGACAUUAGUUUUUCAACUAGAUCUCCAGAUUCACAUAUAAAUCAGGCUGCUGCGUUACUGGAUAACCCGAUUAACAUAGAAAAUAACAUGAGGAUUAAACUCUCUUUACAUUACAAUUCAGGUGCGAUGAAGUUUGUAGCAUCAACUUUAAAAAAAUCUGUGAUAGAAAAUUAGCAAAAACAAUUUAUGAAAAUAUUUUUAUUAUUUAUUCUGUCAAUUGAGCCAAUCUUUUUAUUUUAUUAAUAAAGACUUUUUAUGUUUUUUAUAUUU